CUGCGUCUCACAACCCGCUCAGACACGAUCGCGACCAGACACGGUUUUGUGGGGAGAGUUUGCUCGCGUGUUCCUGUGUUUUGUUUGUUUUACUUUUUCGUUGCUUGUGCGUUAAAACAUCAACUGUGUGUGUGUGAGUGUUUUAUUUUACAGUUAAAAAUUGUGAAGUAACGCCCAAAGAGGAAAAAAUGGGCAUCGAAAAGGAAUUUAAUCUAGAGGAAGGCGCCGAACGGUUGAAGGACUGGAUUGCCACGCAACCCCAUCUGCCACAAAAUAUACAUCCAACUUUACUGCAGCGAUACAUUCACUCGACGCGUGGCGAUCUCGAGUAUGCAAAGAAGAUAUUUGUUCUCGGCUAUACCAUCCGGCAGAACAAUCCGGCCAUAUUCGAUAACCGUGAUCCGCUCAGCACCAAUGUGAUGAGCAUUUUAAAGUCCAUUGACAUGGUGCCCUUACCGACGGUGGCAGGAUGUGAGGAUAAAUUUAUCUACUAUCGUUUGGUAGAUUGUGAUCCGGAUAGGUUUGAUUUCAACGAUGUCAUUAAGACGUUUUUCAUCAUUGCCGAUCUUCGCAUGAUUCAACCGGAUGUGCCAAUGAACGAUGGUGGAGACGUGCCGAUUUUCGACAUGAAUGGCUUCACGCUUCGGCACUUGACCAAGGUCGUACUGUCGACGUUGCGCGUAUACAUGCGAUACACUCAGGAAGCACAUCCCGUGCGCCUGAAGGCCAUUCAUGUGAUCAACUGUACUCCUUUCCUGGAUCGGGUCAUGUGUUUGGUGAAACCGUUCAUGAAGAAACGUGUGGCCGACAUGCUACAUUUCCAUCUACCCAACUCUGAAACGAUCUAUGCACACCUUCCCAAAGCUGCCCUGCCGGACGAGUACGGUGGUGAUCAGUCGAUUAUUAAGCACAAGGAAGACUGGUUCAAUAGGAUCAAAUUGCACCGUGAUUACAUUAACGAUGCGAGCCGAUGGAAGAUUGACGAAACGCGCCGAAAUAAUGGCAAUGAUCUCUGCGGUACGCUGCGAAAGCUGGAAAUCGAUUAAUUCGAUGUUCGGUAACAAAAUGCUGCAAAAUGUUUAAAUGUUUUACUUGUAUGUUUGUACAUUUUUAUAUCGUUAUUCUAGAAUCUUGUUUGACAAGGAGAUAGUAUUAGGAGUGCAUUAUAAAAGGGAAAUUGUAAGGGAUUGUAAUGAAAUAAAAUGAGAUUUUUGUAACAUU